AUGCUUUCAACGCGUUUUAGAGAAAGAUUUGACUAUUAUUACAGAUUACUUCAAGAUAAAUUCACUCAAGCAUACCAAUAUUUAAAUGGACAAUGGAUGAAUAAUAGGAGAAUCCUAUUGUUUAUUGAACCAAGGUUUUCUGCGAAAUUUCAAGUUUGCUUCAACUUUGUUCUCCACAUAUCCUGGUUAAAUGUCGCUGACUGGACCUCAACUUCUUCCUCUGGAACUAGUGGAUAA